UAUUCAAAUUUCUCAUCUCUCUUCUUCUAGAUCUCAUCCAUUUUUUUUCCCUUUCUCCGGUUUGUUUUUGUUUUCGGUUAUGGAGAGAUCAGAAUGAGGAGCCGCCGCCGUCUCGACGACUGUAUACUCAUGGAUUUGUUCUGCGGAGAAGAUUCCGGCGUGUUUUCCGGCGAAUCGACGGUUGAUUUCUCGUCUUCCGAGUUUGUUGAUUCGUGGACGGAUAAUGAAUCGAUCGCUUGUUUCAUCGAAGACGAGCGUCACUUUGUUCCUGGUCAUGAUUAUCUCUCUAGAUUCCUAUCUCGAUCUCUCGAUGCUUCCGCUAGAGAAGACUCCGUCGCUUGGAUUCUCAAGGUACAAGCGUAUUAUAAGUUUCAGCCUUUGACGGCGUACCUCGCCGUUAACUAUAUGGACCGGUUUUUAUACGCUCGUCGCUUACCGGAAACAAGUGGUUGGCCAAUGCAACUUUUAGCAGUGGCAUGCUUGUCUUUAGCUGCUAAGAUGGAGGAAAUUCUCGUUCCUUCUCUUUUUGAUUUUCAGGUUGCAGGAGUGAAGUAUCUAUUUGAAGCCAAAACGAUAAAGAGAAUGGAACUUCUUGUUCUGAGUGUCUUAGAUUGGAGACUAAGAUCCGUUACACCGUUUGAUUUCCUCAGCUUCUUUGCUUACAAGAUCGAUCCUUUGGGAACCUUUCUCGGGUUCUUUAUUUCACAUGCCACUGAGAUUAUACUCUCCAACAUAAAAGAAGCUAGCUUUCUUGAGUACUGGCCAUCGAGCAUAGCCGCAGCUGCGAUUCUAUGUGUAGCCAACGAACUCCCUUCUCUAUCCUCUGUUGUAAAUCCCCACAAGAGCCCUGAGACUUGGUGUGAUGGAUUGAGCAAAGAGAAGAUAGUGAGAUGCUAUAGGCUGAUGAAAGCGAUGGCGAUAGAGAAUAACCGGUUAAAUACACCAAAAGUGAUAGCAAAGCUCCGAGUGAGUGUAAGGGCAUCGUCGACGUUAACAAGGCCAAGUACUGAUGAAUCCUCUUUCUCAUCAUCAUCUUCUUCUUCUCCUUGUAAAAGGAGAAAGCUAAGUGGCUAUUCUUGGGUAGGUGAUGAAAAAUCAACCUCUAAUUAAAUUGUGGGGAUCAGUGAGAGAGAGUAGAGAGGACCAAAGAAACAAAACUCUUAUGUUUUCAAGUAGAGUAUAUUUUUUUACAAAAACAAGUACAUAAUCAUAAUAAAAGGGAGUGAUGAAGUAGUAAAAAAAAGUGUUUAUUGGGGUGAGUAGAAGUAAUUAAGAGUGUUUCCAUCCAAGGGGAAGGGAAUAAGAGUUUUUGGUUACAACUUUUAUGGAAAGGGUAAAUUGGGAUUUGGGGGUUGUGUUGGUUGGGUUUGGUUGAUUGGGUGGGAGAGACAAAGCUCAUCAUUAAUGGCUUUGCAGAUUCCCAAGAAAAGCAAAUGAGUGUAGACCACACGUGUAAGAGAAGAGAAUGAUCAUGUGAGUGGUGUAGUGUGCGUGUGAGAGAGAGGUACUAGCAUGCAUUAGAGAGUGAGUCCUAAUGAAACAGGUACACUGAUGGAUAAGACAGGGAGGAGCGUUUGAGAAAGAAGAUGUUUUUGAGUGGAGAGAGCUCUUUGUCUUAAUGGAUCGCAGCAGUUUAUGGACCCCCUCACCUUCACCUUCAGCUUCUCAUCAUCAAUUACAAAAACAAAUUCAAGUUGCUGCCAGUAUAUAUAUAUAUCUAUAUGUUUCUUUUUUGGAUCUUUUUAAGAUUUUUGAUUCCUUUGUGUGUGUGUGCGACUUCACGUGCCGGGAGGCGUGUGUCUCGUCUCACUCACGUGUUUGUUCUGUUUUUUUUUUUCUUUCUCUUCAAAUCUUUUAUUUUUGGCAGGAAAUUUUGUGGGUUUUUUUUUCAAUUAUAUACGUAUUCGUGUGGACUCAAAAUGAGUUUUGUCACGGUACGUUUUUUCGUAACGUAUGCAUGCGUGUAAGGGUGUCACGUGUGUGUAUAUAUAUAUUUAUGAUUUUUUA